CUGGCAUAUCUAUGAGGUCCUCGGAUUGAGCUAUCAUAACAACGUAAUUCACAACUAACUGCCUCCCUAACGUCGCUCUUAGAUAGUUUGUACAUAUCAAUAGUUCCCAGCGGAUCGUAAGAAGUUGUCUUUAAGGAAAUUGACACUGCCACAGAACCACAUCCCGCACUGCCAUGUUCCUAACGCCUCCUGUCUCCAGAGAAAACUUCCACUACUCCAACGGCGAUUUCUAUGUUACCUCCUCCAACCAGAACCAGCACCGCCGCGCGACGAUCCCAGAGUUCCAGGCCCUCUUCCACCCUCUCCCUGGCCAGCCCCCGACGGCCAAGGACCCUCCUGCCCACUGGUACAAAGCGCAGUUGCUGCACUACGGUUUGCAGCCAUCGGACAACAAGGGCACAGCCGCGAAGAGGUUGCUGGAUGCGCUGAACCAGGGCAGGUUGGAGAUUCCUGUGAAUCUACAGCAGCUGGAGCGGGAUUUGAAGAAGGAAUGGGAUUCAAAUGAAAGGAAGGCGAGGAAGGAGCUUGCUGCUGCGGAGAAGGCGAAGAAGGCCAAGGAAGGAACAGUAAUGUCGAAGCAGACGGGGAAGGGGAUAAAGAGGAAGGCUGCUGAUGAUGGUCAGGAUAUUGCCGCUGCCAUUGUUUCUGCUGGGCUGAAAGGGAUCAAUGCAAAUACUGUGAAUAUCAAUUUUAAUCUUGGAGGCAGCAGCAGCAGCAAGGGGGCAUCAACAUCUUCUGCGAAAAGGGCCAAGAAAGAAAUGGAGAAUGAUAGUAACAAUGGAAAAGAACCCAAGAAGACCACUAAACGAAAAAGCACUGCUGCUGCUGCUGACAAUGAACCAAAGACUCCAGCCAGAAAGCUCCAGACCGCGAGGUGCACCGGUCGAGCAGGAUAUUCAGGCGUGCAGUCGGCUAGGUCUACAUCCAAAGCGGAAACGGAGCCAAAAACCACCAGUGACCAUGCUCCAGUCAGGAAACGCCAGACUGCGCGGCGUGGUCGAGGUGCAUAUCCGGGUAUCCAGUCAAGACCUACCACUACUGCUGCUGCUACCUCUGCUACCACUGAUGAUGCGCCAAAGCCCACAGCUAAGAAGCAGACUGCGAAAUGUUCCUCUCGAGGGGGACACUCAGGUGCACAGCCACGAUCUACAUCAGAGUCACAAGAUUUCUACUGGGGUAUGCGGGAGGAGUCUGAGGGCAUCGAAUAUCCAGCGGAUGACAGCCACUAUUGGCACCGUGAGGAGUCUGAGGGCAUCGAAUAUCCAGCGGAUGACAGCCACUAUUGGCACCGUGAGGAGUCUGAGGGCAUCGAAUAUCCAGCGGAUGACAGCCACUAUUGGCACCGUGAGGAGUCUGAGGGCAUCGAAUAUCCAGCGGAUGACAGCCACUAUUGGCACCGUGAGGAGUCUGAGGGCAUCAAGCAUCCAGCAGAUGGCAGCUACUAUUGGGACCGUGAGGAUUCGUAUUCCAAUGAUCCUUACUACUAUUAUUCCGACAAGGAUGUGGAGAUAGGGGAUGCUUGGUAGGCCGGGGACAACUGUUCAACAGAGGGCUGUGAAAAUACCAGGCUGCAGCCAGUGGCAUGACUAUGAAUCCUAUUAGGAUCUCGCCCACCUUCUGGGAGACCUCGAUUGGGUGCGCUUACUCAAAGGUAGCGGUGCAUCAGCAUGGCUGGACGACCUGAGAUCGUCUUCUUCCUUGCACCAAUGUAAACAGACUCCAGCUCCUCCUCCCUCUGUAUCAGUCUUACUGUGCAAGGCUCCCUGGAAAGAGUUCUGUUUUUCUCGGCGCUCAGGGCUGCUCGAGUUGAACCCCAGGUUCACUCGUAUGAUUGGCGUACAUUAGGUACAUCCGGACUAUUUCCUCUUUCAAUUUUUGCCUACAAGACCGAAUCCAAAGACUGCAUGAAGCCUUAGGCCAAGAACUCACUAUUAGCUUAUA